UAACUGAUAAUCAUUUUUAUGAAAUUUUUUCUUUGAUAGGGUGGGGGAAAGAAAAGAAAAAUAAAAAAAAAAAAAACGAAUGCUCGUAUAUACAUAUUUUUUAUAUUUAUAUUUACUGAAUUAGAAUGAAAUAUAUUUUAUAGAAAGAUAUAUAUUAUAAAAGCAAAUAUACGAAAAAUAUGUUUUCUGUAACACACAAAUAAACGUGUUCUUUCAUUUAAGGCCGUUCAUUAGCCUUGGCCUUAUAGUGGUUUACGCCAAUAAUGAGAACAGGCAUAACUCUUAACCGAUUUUGAGGAACGCGAGUCCUCCUUUUAAAGACGAAGAUUCGAUCUAUGAUAUCACUUUAUCGAAGGAUAUAAGUUUAUAGAUCGAUACGAUAAAUAUGUCGCCAUGGAGGCGACAGUGUUUCUCGCUCGCGCUGUAGUUCAUAUUUUGUCGAUAUCUGUCGCUAAAGUCACACACGCUCCGGGCGAAAGGUAACGAACCAGCCUUGAUAAGAUUGACAGAACGCGCGGGUUUGUGAAAACGAAUUUAUAAACGAAAUAGAUGGCAGCAAUCGGUAAACGUAUGUGGCGCUACUGUAUUAACUCUUACGACCCAAUCGAAUGGAGAGGUACACGAUAAACAAAAUCUUUCCGAAUUUACGUUGGAACGCAUUGAUCUUUUCUUAUUGUUCGAGUAUCAAGAUCAUCGAUUGAUUAAGUUCUUGUAUCAAAGCUGCAACUAUGUCAAUGAGACCCGACGAUCACAGACGAAAAUGGAACAGAGAAGAGUACGAACGAAUAGCUCUUCAGCGUCUCCAGGAUGAAAUCGCUGAAGAGGAAUUAGGUAUCCCUAAGCAGCCAGCAGUAAAAAGAGAAUUACUUAAACAAAGAGACUAUAAGGUCGAUUUAGAAUCAAAAUUAGGAAAAAGCGUUGUUAUUAACAAAAAUACUCCGUCUUCGCAAACAGGAGGUUAUUAUUGUAACGUAUGCGAUUGCGUCGUUAAGGAUUCUAUCAAUUUCCUAGAUCAUAUCAAUGGAACAAAACAUCAGCGUAAUUUGGGUAUGUCCAUGAAGAUAGAGCGUUCAACGUUAGAACAAGUUAAGGCUAGAUUUGCUUUAAAUAAAAAGAAAUUAGAGGAAAAGAAAAAAGAUUAUGAUUUAGAGCAAAGAGUGAAGGAAUUAAAAGAAGAGGAAGAAAAAAUAAAAGAAUAUAGAAAAGAAAAGAGAAAAGAUAAAAAGAGGAAAUUAGACGAAGUGGAGGAGGAAGAUGCCGGACCAUCGGACGAAAUGGCUGCCAUUAUGGGCUUUUCUGGAUUUGGCUCCAAGAAAAAGUGAUAAUGACUUUGACAUAGACAUUCGUGAAAAAAUGUCUUAGUAUACUUUAUCUUUCAUAUAUCACGAAGCGCUGCAACCUCUAUCCAUGGCGCACUAUCAGAAAAAUCAUUUAUCAACAUUUGACAAAGUAACCAUAAUGAAAUUUGGUAAUUACAUCAAGUUUUUAAUCCAAUCGUUAGUAAGUGUUUGUAUGCAAAGUGAGACGAGGAUAUUGAUAAGAUUAAAAAAAGGAAAAGACGAAAAUUAUAGUAAUAAUGAUGAUUUCUCAUAAGUAUAAGAAAUGGAUUCUACGUAUAUUCUACGUAUACUUAGAAUUUUAGACAAAAGAUUCAUGGAUAAAUGGAGUAUUUAUUUUAUAUAAUUAAUCAGCAAUAUAUAAUAUAUAGGCAAUUUUCAUCAUAAGAUAAGGUAAGAUGGACAAAAAUUAUCGAAUAUACGACUUGGUUCGGAGGAAACAAAUUUUAUGCUCAUAGGCGAAAGAAAUGGAAAUGGUUUGGGAGAAACAUUGAGGCGAAAUGAUUACGUUGAAAUAAUUUUAUAUUUGAGAUUGUACCAUGUUCGCUAACCGUAACUAUCUGUUUGGCGAUCGGUAAUGUCGGAAACGCAGGAAACGGAGAUGUUUGAAAUCAAAAACGGCAUAGAAUGAAAGCGCGUUACAAUAAAAAUGAAAAGAAUAUA